AUGGUCCCCGACGCGCCCCCGCCGCACCGCCUCGUCUCGAGCAAGCCCAUCAGCAUCGCCGCCGCCGCCGCCAUGCUGCAGACCUACAUGGCCAACUCCGAGGCACACCCGCACCUGCACCCCGACGCCCUGAUCACACCCACCGGCGUCACCUUCUCCUCGCACGGCGGGCCCACUGGCGGCGUCGUCAUGCACAACCUGCGCCGCAUCGCAGCGGGACUGCGCGGUGAGGUCCUCGAGCCCGAACCCACCCCCGAGCCCGAGGAAGACGAGGGCGCCGCGCGGGACAAGGCGUGGAAGGCCAAGAAGGGCAAGGGCAUCAAGACCACCUUCGCGGAUGCCGACGCCGACCCCGCCCCCGUCGAGAUCGAGUGGCAGGACAAGGACGCCUAUGAGCGCGAGCAGGGCGAGUUUGAGAGCGGCGACCUCGGCGACCGCACCAACGUCGUCCAGGAGGGCGCCGCGCCCCCCGAGCUUGCCGUCGAGGUCGAGGCCACAGGCGAGAAGAGGAAAGGCGGCGACGCGAAGCUGGACAAGGACGCAAGGAAGAAGGCGAAGAAGGAGCGAGAUGCGCAGAGGAAGAAGGAGCUUGAGAAGAAGCGCAAGGACGCUGCGUGA